CAUACGAAUACAGCUCGCAGCCGAUCGUUCCGUUGACGCCUUGACGUGAUUUUCCUUGCGUCACAACUCUACGCCGGAACCCGCAGCGACCGCAAUCAUGGCGGGUCUCAAGACAAUCAUCGUCCUGUCCUUUAUCCUCGCCAUCGGAUUCCUCCUCGUCAUCCUCUCCUCGGCUCUCUUCAAGAACUACCUGCCACUUCUCGUGGUCGCAACAUACGUGAUCGCACCGAUACCGAACUGGGUAUGCGGAAAAGCUCAAGGCAGCGAUGACUUCAUGGACAACGGAAACAACAGCAUUGUCGAACUGGGGAGGUUCUUGACGGGUUUCUUGGUGGUUAUGGGAAUUGCUCUGCCAGUUGUAUUGGCGCAUUGCGAUCUGAUCCAGAUUCCGGCUAUGGCAAUGAGUAUUGUUGGCGGUCUGCUUAUCUACAGCACGAUCAUCAGCUUCACCAUGUUUUUCCGCGAGCAGGAGGAGUUCUGAGCGUUAGUGGUUCUAUCGAAGCGCAGGCGUGGAGAACAUGUACAAUUGAGCUGUACCAAUAUACCUCACCUUGGCUUGUUGUAAGUCAUCAAC